AUGGACGACCAACAAAAUGCUGACCAAAAAAUGGGGAUCAAUCUUGCAUUGGAUCCAAAUCUAAUAAACUUAACAUUAUAUAACCAUCCAACGGCAACGCCUCUUAGUGGUUCAAAUACUUCAACUACAGAACCCACCACUGCUCCUGCUACCACUACAACCGUUACAGAUGCGAAUGCUCUUGCGUCAAGUACAAUCGUCAAUAAUGGUCAAUCCAUGGUUAAGAAUCCAUAUGAAGUUUAUGGACAAAUGCCAUUAUCACAACUAAUACCUUUAAUAUUACAAGAAAGGGGACAAGGUUUUAAAUUCGUUGAUCUUUCUGAAGAAUUGCUAGCUCAAGAAAUUGCUAAUGAUAAACAACGAACACAACUGAGUAAUACCAACCCUCAAGAUGAGCAUACCAAUGAUAAUGUAAAUAAUACCGAAGUACAACCACAAGAACAACAACAAGAAGAAGAAUCCAACAAUCCUGAUUUAAUGGAUAUUGAUAUGGAAAAUGAACCAGAACAACAAUCCCAAUUACCCCUUAAUGAUACCUCUUUGAAUACAAUAUCGAAGGAAAAUCAAAAUGAAAAUAGUGCAACAGAAGCCGUCGGUGCAACGCAAAAUCCAACCCUUACAAUCCCAGAAACCUCUUUAACCCAAGAACAGUUCAUAAAGAUCAGAAAAGAAAUGGUAGAUAAUAUCAAUAUAGCAAUGAAUGAAACAUCAUUAUCAUUGGAUUUUGUUUCCUUAUUGUUAUCCUCAGUUAGAGAAAAUAAUGCAAAUUCUUCCAUGUCCACUUUUUUGAAGAAAAAUGUUCCAACCGGGACUUUAAAUAGUGAUAAAGUACCACAUGUUCCUAAGCAAAAAGAUGAAUUAACUCAAUUGGAAAUCUCAAACAGAGGUUGGAAAUUAAAAUCUCUAAACGAUUCAAGAUUAAUUUUAAAGGAAAAUUAUAAUAAAUUGAAUAACUCUUUAACCAUUGAACAUUCAUUUUGGAAAAAAUUAUCAAAUCACAUUAAUAGUAAUGAUAUCAUUUUUAAAUUAAGAGAUAAAUCUACGGGACAAAGAUCACUAGGUAUCAAAUAUGGCUAUGAAGAUUCAGGUUCCACAUAUAAAAUGGAUAGAGGUGUUGCAAUCUUGAGAACCAAUCCAACUACAGGUAAAUUAGAAUUGAAACCAUUUUCAACUAGUAAGAAUACUAAAAUGUCUUCUUCUUCUUCUUCCUCAAACGACACUAUUAAAGGUCUAGAAAAAUUUAUCAGAAUUAGAAUUUUUACAAAGAUUGAAUCAGAGGACGAUUAUAUUUUAAGCGGUGAAUCAUUCAGUGAUAUCGAAAGUCGGAGUGGCAAUAAAAAUGCUAACGAUUAUAGUAAUAAUGAUGAUUCUAUCUCAGAUGAGGAUGAAGAUAUUAGGGCACAAAUUGAAAAUUUAAAGAAAUUCAUCAUUGAGAAGGAGUUAAUGUAUCAAUUAAAGAAGGAAUGUUCGCAUUUAUUAUCAUAUGGUGUCACUGUUGAGAAUGAAAACAGGAUUGUCAUUGAACUGCCCAAUGAAAAAUUCGAAAUCGAGUUAUUAUCUUUUGAUGAUAAUUCUCUAACAAAUCAUGACCGUGAUGCUCCAAAAAUCAAUGAUAAAAGAGCUAAUUUAAUAUUAAUUACCCUACGAAUGUUAUUAGUUGUGAUGUUUAAGAAGAAUCUAAGAAAUAAACUUCUUUCUUCGAAAGUAAACAAAUCUUUGAAUAUUGAAAAGGAAAUAUUAUUAAUAAGGCCGAUCUUAGGAAGUAUUAGACAUUCUAAUUAUAAAAUGUUACUUAAGAAGAUAAUGAAAAGUUAUGUAUUAGAUAUUGUCCCAGAAUCUACUCUAGAAGAAAGUACAUUGCCAUCAAGCACCGAGCAUAUUCAAGACCAUGGGAAUACCCAUCAAAUGGAUAGACAUAUUGUUAAAUUGACGAAAGAUAUUACUGCGUUUGAUCACAUACUUAAUAUUGCGAAAACAUUGUUCCAAAUCUCUCUGCCGAAUAAGGGAAGAAUAACAAUUAUACUAGAAAGUACGAAUUAUUGUAAUGCCGUUGUUAACAUAAAGUAUGUCUCACAGGAUAAUACCACUACCUUUGAUUCAAACUUUGCAGAAUUUAAAGAAGUGGAAGAGUUCUUGCAUUUCAUAAUAUCUGAAUAUGUAAAAGAAAGGAAUUGA